AUGAGUUUCAAGCUUAAUCAUUUUUCUAAUAAUGCUAAAAAAAUUACAAUAAAAAUUAUCAAUUCUCCAACACAAAAACUUGAACCAGUUCUAUUAAAUCCUACAGAUAAAUUAUCAACAAUUCGUCAAAAACUCGAAAAGAAUUAUAAACAAUUUAAAUUUUUGGAAUUUUCUGAAAAGGAUGGAAGCUACAAAUUUACCGAAAUAAAAUCCGAAUUUGAAAGACAACAUAGCCUAAGCUAUAUUAUCGAUAAGAAUAUUCUAUAUAUAGAAUGUGAAAUAAAAACUAACAUUGAUUGGAAUUGUAUUAUAGAAAAAUGCGAAUUAAAUAAUGGAUGUACUAUGACUUUUGAUGGAAUUAAGAAAGCAGAUAAAAAUGCGUUUGUAAUAAAAAAUUGUGAAUUGAAAGAAAUUGGAGCGGAAAGAUACAAAAUGCAUAAGGAUACAUUUAAGUCAACAAAGGAGUGGAUGAAGAUAACAAAUUUAUUUUUUACCACGGAUAUUGAUGUACUGGAGAAUUUUAUAAAAUUAGGAAUGUCAAUAGAAAUUACGGAAAAUAAAAAAUCUAAUAUUGGAAUCAGUGGUUCUUAUGAUUUUGUAAAGCACGAAAAAGCAUCUUUGAAAUUUGGUGAUCAUUUACAACCGACUCAAGAAUUUAUUGGAGAAGUAGAGAAAGCCAUAGAAUCUGAAGAUCCUGUUAAAGUACUUAAACAAAUUACUAAGCAAUAUGGUCAAUUUAUUCCAACCGAAGUAAUUUUAGGUGGUAGGGCUCAUUUUAAUGAACAUAUAACGUUUAAAGAGAUUACUAUGAAUGUAGCAAGUGCUUCUAAUAACAGUACGAAAUUAAUUGGGGGAAAACAGCCCAACAACAUUGAAAAUUUUGAUGAAGGAGCUUGGUUUAAAUCUUUAAACGAUCCUAAUUAUUGGGAUUGCAUAGAGUAUCGAAAUCCUGUUAGCAUUUUUCAACCCUUGUCUGAAAAUUUACGUAAGCAAAUUAUUAAAUACGUUGGAAAAAGAAUCCUUUAUUCAAAAACUCAAGGAAUUAAAUAUCAUUUAGAAAAUCAUGGAGAGGCAAAAAAACAUGAAUUAAAGGAUUUACCACUAAAUAUCUUAAAGAUGAUUCAGAAUAAGGAAGCAGAUUGUAAUAUUUUUGCUACUGUAACUGAUAUGACUGAGUUAAAAGAUGAUUUUUUUACUUGUCAAGUUCUUUGUUCAUCAUCAUGUUCGUCUCUUCCACCUUGUCCAGCAUCAUCUUGUUCUUGUCCACCGUCAAAACCGAGUCUUCUAAUUCAUUGUGUUCAAAAUAAAUUCAAAAAACGUGAAUGUAAUUUGAGAAUUAAGUGGAUGGUGGUCGGAUAUUAUACAGAUUUUAAUUUCAUACUUUCAGAUUUUAAUGUUCAUUUAAAGAUUUUUGAAAACAAAAUUACUUCAGAUAGACAAACUAUGAUUUAUACAUUAAAUUAUAAUUAUGAUCCUUAUAUCAGCCCCUGUUUUGGAAUACCUGUAUUAACUGAAUUAACAUCUUCAAAUAAAUCCAUUGUUAUUGGACACCAUUUUUUUAAUGCUCGGAAAGAAAAUAAAAUUGGAGCAUACACGUUCUCUUAUUGUUCAAAAGAAAAUAACCGUGUAGAACUAAAAUCGCACAACUUUACUUUUUUCACAUUUAUUAUUUCAGAUUAUUGUACUAGUAACACCUAUAAUACAUUUUCAUUUAAACAUCCAAUUAUGAAAAAACCAUAUAUUAAACUUAAUAAUGAUGUAGCUGGAUCUCCAAAAUUCAUUAGUUUAUAUUCUGCACAAAAAACUAUUCGUGAGUUGGCUUUUUUAAAUCAAAAUUGUAAAAAAAUUACAUUAGUAUCUAUUAGCGGUUAUAGUAUUGUAAUUAAUCUCUUAACAUCAAAAGAUUAUUUUGAAUGUUUAUCUUUUGAUCUGUGUAUACCAGCAGAUAAUGAAUUUUGA